AUGGCUACCCCAAGCCCCCCAAACCUCUCUAAAACACUUUCCGACAAGGCCAGCAACCUUCUCAAUAAGGUCAACGAUGCUCAAUCCAUCUUCAACCCAGUUACCCAACUCCUAGAUACCUACCUAGGCUCUGAGGAAGUCCGCGCUCUCCCACCGAGUUCACGAAAACUCCUCACCUCCCUUUGCCUUGAGUUUAAGGCAACCAUCGAACAGCACUUCGACGCCUUUGUUACUGGUCAUCCCCCCCCUAGGGGAGCUACUACUCCGCCUGUCACCCCCCUUUCCCCUCCUUCCCCCCCGACCACCACUCACACAAGUACACCCACAAUGCCUAUAGGCCCCAAGCCCUCCUACAUUCAGAAAGCCUCUACUCCAAUCAUUGCCCUCACAAACAAGACUCCCUCCGAUAACCGCUUAUUUAAAGUCCUCGGACCAAACGCCUCCCUCUUAAGGGAGGUCCAAGAGGUCAAAACAGGCUUCGCUCUCUGCACCAGCUCAACAGCCAAUCUAUUAGCCCUUGAAAAACAGAAAGCCAUUAUAUCAUCCGCAAUCGGAGACUGCAAAAUUGAGGCCCAAGAGAAAUGGACCAUUUACCGUCUAAACUAUGUCCCCAAGAAAGUCAUUAUCUUCAAUGAUCAAUUCAAAAUAGACUCCAUUUUAGUUACAAAAGAUACAAUCUCCGACGCUAUAAAGGAAUACUCUAGUCAGGUGCUUACUCACGCUAUCCAAUCCCAAACGAACCCCUCACCUAAUGAGUAUUACUCAACAUGGAUAGUAAGCUUCAAGACAGGAGCAAAACCACUCAAAAAGAACCUGAAGAUUCUAGGGGCCAACAUCAGCACAUCCCUCCUAGUACAAAAACCAAAGAUCACUCAAUGCAAUCGUUGCUUUCAAUGGCACAACGCAAGAACAUGCCUCAAAUCACAAAUCUGCCGCCUAUGCGGUUCGGGAAAGCAUACAGAGAGCAAUCAUACUACCAGUUGUGGUACUGAACACGUAUGCCCACCCAAAUGCCUUCACUGCAACGGGCCCCCACCCCGUAGAUGA